AUGAAUUCUUUCAUUUUUGCCGUAUUCCCCUUAGUUUGUGGAUUCGUAUCAGCACAAAGUUGUAGCAGCGGUUAUUAUCAAUACCAAGGCAAAUGCUAUCCUUGUUCACCUGGUUACUACUGUCCGAAUGGUGUUAACCAAUAUAUCUGUCCCGCUGGCGAAAUUGCAUCCGACUGGAAAUCGACAGUAUGUUCCGUUUGUUCUCAAGGAUAUUAUUCAUCCUAUGGUGGAUCGGAAGAAUGUAAAAAGUGCCCUAAAGGGUAUUUCUGUCCGCGACGAGACCAAGAACCUAUUCGAUGUAAUCGUGGAGAAGUGUCAGGUGAAGGUGCUACAGCAUGUAGUAAAUGUUCACUUGGAUACUAUUCAUCUGUUCGCGGCGGAUCGGCAUGUUUACUAUGCCCUGCAGGCUACCAAUGCCCUCAAGUGAAUCAAGUACCGAUCCCAUGUCCAAUCGGAACUUACUCUAGCGAUGGUCAAACGGUUUGUUCAACUUGCUCAACUGGUUAUUAUACAACGUAUUUAAAUUCCACUCGUUGUUACCCUUGUCCUCCAGGAUACAUGUGUCAGGAUCCAAAAUUAUGCCCUAAGCCAUGUCCAGCAGGAACCUAUGCACCUGACUUACGUUAUACUUCAUGCAGUAGUUGCAACAGUGGAGUAUGUUCAAAUGUAACACGACUCUACGAUUGUAAUUCGUGUGUACAAGCGAAAGUGAUGAAUUGCACAGAGGGGCAAUAUGUUCCUAUUUACAGUUGCACAAGAAGUUAA